AUGCCGAAUUCAAGGUGGAGGAUUUUUUUCUUGGACCACCAUUGGUUUGACGUAAGUUCUUUAGGUUGGAAAAAUUCAGUCUCUCAUAACUGCCAUUCCAGCUUUCUCUCUAGUACAAAUAGACCUCAGCCUCUACUAUUGUCCAAUGCCAUAGUUAGCCAGUACAGGGCACAUCCUCCGCCUAACGCGACUACCCCAGUAACUUCCAUGGGGCUUAUUCAUGAAAAUAAACAUUUUCCAGAAAAGUCAACCCCCUCAAUCAAUUCAAAGCUAAGUUUUUCAAUUCUAGUCUUUUUCAUUCAGUAA